UUGAUGGGCGUCAAUGUCACAGCUAAAUGCAGAUGAUAUAAAACGGAUAAUCUUGCCCGUGGUAAGUAUCAGUCAUUCGUCUGUCUUCAGUCGCUUUCGUUUAACUUAAAAAAUCGAGUAACUCACAAUCAAAAUCACCAUGCAAUUCCAAGUGACUUUCGCAGUGCUCGCCGCGGUCAUGUGCUUCGCCGCUGCCGCCCCCGCAACCGAAGAAGUCAAAUCGUCGCCUUCAGCGUCUGCUCAAUCUGGUGCUGUUUCAGACACCGAUCGUAGCAAACGGUUCGUGGCCGUCGCUGCACCUUACGUGGCCGCUGCACCGGUCGCCGCCGCACCUUACGUAGCCGCUGCACCAGUCGCCGCCGCACCUUACGUGGCCGCUCCAUACGCUGCCGCCCCUUACGUUGCUGCCCCAUAUGCCGCCGCCCCUUACGCACUUUCUUCCCCGUACGCUUCCCCUUACGUAUCGUCAUACACCACUUACCCAUACGUAGCCAAGACCCUGGCUUCCCCGUACACUUACUACCCAGUAUCUUUCGCUUUGAUCGCUAUGGUCGUGUGCUUCGUCGCCGCAGCCGAAGAAGCCAAAUCUGCAUCCGCCAAGUCCGUAGACACCAAGUCCGCCAGUGACCGAAGCAAACGUGGUCUGUACGCUCCACUCGUCACCUCCCCCUACGCCCCAGCAUACGCAGCACCGUACGCAGCGCCGUACACCGCCCCCUAUGCCGCCACUUACGCAGCCCCUUACGCUGCACCUUAUGUUGCACCUUAUGCAGCACCGUACGCCGCCCCAUACGUAGCAUCCCCGUACGCAGUCGCUCCAUACACUUCUUCUUAUGUAUCUUCCUACGGAGCUUACCCGUACGGUUAUGCUUCGCCAUACGGUUUCUACUAAUAGACAACUUCAGGAUCGAUUUAUUAUUCUUACUGUUGUAUAUCUAUAUUAUAUCAGGUAUGAACCGCAAAACAACAACACAUAAAUAUAAUAAAAUAUAAUUUUGUAUUUGAAAAAAAAAUUAAAAAUAGUAAUGAACUUGUAUUAUGUUAAGCAGUCUACUGUACCUACCUAAUAGGUACUUAUUUUUUUGUAGUUAUAUUAUUAUGUAAAUAAAUAUAUUUCAAAAUCAUAUAA